GGUUGGUCCCUUUCCCAAUCAGCGGGAGUGAAUUACAUUCCGCACCAGGAAGAAGGCGAAGCGGCUGACGGCGCUGGGAGAUGGCGUCUCUCUUGUGCUGUGGACCCAAGCUGGCGGCUUGCGGCAUUGUCCUCAGCAUCUGGGGAGUCAUCAUGCUGGCCUUACUGGGUGUUUUCUUCAAUAUCCAUUCGGCGGUGCUGAUCGAAGACGUUCCGUUCACCGAGGAGGAUUUUGCGGAGAACUCCCCGGCUCGCAUCUACCGGCUCUACGAACAGGUCAGCUACAACUGCUUCAUCGCUGCUGCCAUUUACAUCGUGCUGGGAGGCUUCUCCUUCUGCCAGAUCCGCAUGAACAAACGCAAGGAGUACAUGGUUCGCUAAAACAGUCCCGUCUCCUUGACCCACUUCCCAACUGGGUGACCCACCAUGCCCUCCCCUUUAAAUGACCUGCUGUUACCAUUUAUUUAAUCUUGUAUUUUUGAAAUCUUGCUGCUUUAAUAUAAAUAAAUUUGUUAGUGAUAUUUCACUAGCUGGGGAGGAGGUGGGAGGAUGGAGGUGGGAGUGAUGGGGUUAAAUGUGAUCGACCUUGUCUCGUUUUCUUGUGGAAUGGGGAAUUAUUGGGAAUGUGCGGGGAGGCGAGUUCUCUCUGCUCUUCUCAGGUGUGGAUAGAGGGGAAUUCUCCUUGGGAAGUUUGCACUUGACUGUCGGGGUGGGGGGGGUGGGGUCACUGGUAGUUGUCUGCCAUUCAUUCCCCAUCUUGCUCUUGGGUCUAAUCCCUCCCAGGAAUGGGUCACUUUUAUUUGGGAUUGACUGGGGUCGGGGGAAGACGAGGUGAAACAAUAAAGUUGUGUCCUUGCCAUUUUCUGACCUUGUUUCCAUGGAGAUUGUUUAAUAGGUUCCUGCUUUCUCCCCCUUCCCCGGGUCCAAAUUCCACUCCUUUAGACAAUGUGGAAGCCUUGGACCAUAAAGAGCGUGUUUGUCUUUUGAAACUUUUGAAUUUUUAAUUUAUUUGAAUGAAAAGAGGGCAAUGCACAAAAAUGCUGGAGGAACUCAGCAGAUCAUGCAGCAGCUAUGGAGUGGAAUAAACAGGAUAUUCAGGGAAAGACCCUUCAUCAGGACUGGGAAGGAAGGGGGAAAGAAGUCCCUUUCCUUUUGGCUUCUUCCCCUUCCGUUCCUUGAUUUGAAACGUCAACCCUUUAUUCCUCUCCAUAGAUGCUGCCUGAUAGAUGUUGAGUUCCUCCAGCAUUUUGUGUGUGCUACUCUGCAGAGUCUCUUGUGGUUUAGAAAUAAUUGAUGUACAAUUUUAAAUACUACGACACCACCCAUUUUGUAAAUCUGAUUCUGGGGUGCCCUCUAGGAUUUUUUUUUCUUCUCGAUCUGUUUGAUCCUCAUUCCAUUGUGACUAAUUCUUCAGCCAUACACAUCUCCAAAUGUCUAGCUUUAGAUGCUGGUCGGUUUAUCUGUGUCAAUGUCGUGUUUCUGGUUCAGCCUUGACGUUGAUGGUGUGUAUGGGGAGAUGAGCACCAUUUUUGCACCAACGUCAGUGAUCCAUUAUUUGGGGGAAGAAAACACAAAAGAAUUACAAUAAAAUUAUUGUCAUUCAGCCCAGUGUGGGUUAAUUGAUUUAUCAUUGUCACAUGUACUGAGAUAGAACGAAAAGCUUGUCUUGCAUACUGUUUGUACAGAUCAGAUCACUUACAGUGUAUUGAGCUGGGACAAAAGAUAAAACAAAAACAAAGCAGAAUAAAGUGGAAAAGCUACCAAAAAGGUGCACUGCUGGUGAAUGAUAAAGUGCAAGAUCAUAAUGAGGUAGGUUGGGGUCAAAAAUUCAUCUCAUCAGACGAGACAUUUUGAGAUUUGAUGUUCUUGUACUUUGUUUGUACACGGGGGUUGAUAUUUUUCUUUGAGCGGCUCCCAUUGUUUCCUUCAUUUUGUGGCUGUCUGGAGAAGAGGAAUCUCAGAGUUGUAUACUGCGUACGUACUUUAAUAAUAAAUGUACCUUGAACCUUGA